AUGUGGCCGCGCCACCAACCACUGCAUGGCAGCUGGGAGCGUGGUGCAAUGGCAAGCGUGUCAGCCUGCGGAGCCUAUGAUGAAGGUUCAGAUCCUUUUGCCGCUAACUUUUUUUGCCAUUAUUUUUUUUUAAAGAGUUUUGAUGAGAAUAUUAAAAUUUCAUGAGUAAAACCUUUCCAAAUAAGUUCGAUGGCUAUUUUCUUUCUAAAAUCGCUUUUUUUGAUGGGCAAAAAUUAUGAAAAAUUUCUAAAGUUGUGGCAGACUGCACAUCAUCAGAGACUAUUUUUUUGAAAAUCAGCGAAAAAUGUUUCAGAAAAGCGCUGAACCUUCAUCGAAGAUCUUCGCAUGUCUUGGUUGUGAUAAAUAACAGUGGCUUUUCAAUAUUUCAAUAGCCAAUUUCUGCCUUGCUUCUGAAGAAACAUCUUUACAGAAUAUGAAAACUUACCUGUCAUCCGAGUUUUAUUGAAAAAAAAUUUCCAAAGCCAAUUUCCAUACUAAUCCUGAUUUUUUUUUCAAAUUUUCAGGAAUCUAAAAAAAUCUUUUUGAGCAAAAAUGUUUUUUUAGGAAAAAUUCUCUGAUGAUGUGAAGUCCGCCACAAUUUCAGAAAGUUUUCAUAACUAUUGUCCAUAAAAAAAGCGAUUUCAGAAAGAAAAAUAGCUAUCGAACUUAUUUGGAAAGGUUUUUACUCAUGAAAUUUUAAUAUUCUCAUCAAAACUCUUAAAAAAAAACAAUGGCAAAAAAAGUCAGCGGCAAAAGGAUUUGAACCUUCAUAAUAGGCUCCGCAGGCUAACACGCUAACCACUGCACCACGCUCCUAGCUGCCAUGCAGUGGUUGGUGGCGCGGCCACAUUCCUUCCAAACGGCGUCACAUGGUUAAGGAUAAAACUUUGAAAAAUCAUAUCACCAAAACAAAAAGUUUGUGCAGGUAGCGACUAUGGGGGAUCGGUUUCCAGUCCAUCAAGGAUUGUUUGAGCAAAUUUAGAAAAAAUUCUGAACCCUACGCUAAAAUGACCUCCCAUGUGAGUGUUCACCAUGAAUGCUCAAAAACUUCCGUUUUGCAUUAACGAAAUCCGAAGAAAUUUCUUUUUUGUAAAAUACGGCUAAUAACGGUUUAGAUAUGAUAGUUCUGUAGCGAUCCAGCAAUUCUCCCUUACCGCUGAGACGAGACGAAAAGUUUAGAAAAAAAGACCCAUCAUUUUUCAAGCGCCACUUUGCUAAUCGUGUGAAGACUUUAUCAAAUAUGUUUGUCAAAGAAACUAAAACUUAAAAUUAUUAUUGUGGGGAAAAACUUAUUUUGUUUGGAAAUACCUUUUUUAACAUCUUUCAAAAUUUCUUAUUCUAGCUAUAGCUUUUCAUGACAUCAUGCUUUUGUAAUUUUAUCUUCACAAAAGAAAAACGAUUAGAAAGUUGAACAAAACAUAUUGAAAAAAUUACUCAUAAUAAAACACGAAAAUCGAAAAAGCAAAAAAAAAGAACAGGGCCAAAAAAUCAUUUUAGGUGUUUGCCCGAUGAAUACUGUCUCUUUCGCUUCAAUAAGGACGUCUCUGCCAAUGAAAUGCGCUCCAUCGAACAUUCGAGAUGAAUGCCCGGUCGACUAUGUCUGUACUACCCAAGGUACUAGCAGCUACUGCUGCUCCCCCCAAGAAUGUGAGUAUUUUUUUGUGAAAAUCUAUUGAGAAAUGGAAAAGCCGGAAGUGAAAUCGAAGAGAAGAAUACAAAAAGUCCGAUGAAUACGCGAAGAAAAAAGAAUCGAAUUAUCAGCCCUGCGAAAUCGCGUUUCUUGGACAAUAUGAAGUUGAUUUUAUCUCUUAUUUUUCUGUUUUUGACUCAUAUCUUUUUCUUAUGAAAUUUCAGACUUAUUGUGAUUUUCUGAAAAAAUUUAUGUAAACUUUCCUUUGGAUGAUUUUUUUAAGGUUUUGCGGUUUCCUUUUUUUCUGUAAUUCAUGGUUUUUUUCCUAAAUAUUUAUAUGAAGUUUUUUUGAUUUUAGCGGUUUUGUCCACUCGGUCAGAAGGCGUACAUUCAUGCGGUUUCAAAGAAUUCGAUGAAGUGCGACCCGCAAAUACCAUUUUCCUGCCCUUCAAACUAUUAUUGCUCUCCUGCCGUUCCAGGUGCCCUUUGGGGCUUCUGUUGCAACCAAAACGUUGACGGUAAACUAUCUGACCAAAAAAAGUUAAUAUUUUUGAAAAACGUUCUCAAUUCCAGCAAAGUGCCCUUCCGGCACGCAGCCAUAUUUGAACAAGUUUACGAGAACUCCUCAACGUUGCACCGUCGGAGUUUCUCAAUGUGGGUAAGAUUUUUCAAAUUAAACUAAUGGAUAAAUCAAGAAAAAUUUAAGAAUGGGAUUCACUUGCCAAAGUAUGCAGAAAGGAGUGAUUAUCGGCUUUUGCUGCACCAACUUGCGGAAAACGUCAAAUCAGAGAAUGCUAAGCUCUUCUCAUGCCAAUCCUAGAGAAGAAAAUUGUAAGGAAACUAAAAAAAAAAAUUUUUUUUUUUGGAAAAGAUAUGACACAUAGAACUUAUUUUGUGCAAAAAUAACAAUCAUAGGACCUUUGCCGUCUCCAAUCUACGUUUUAAUCAAAUUCAGCAAUCGUGAAUGUUAACGAUGCCCUUUCUCCUCACAACGAUGGCGUCAACACCAUGGUUACCAGCAAAAGUUAGUUAAUAUCCGUAAAAUCCACAAAGUUGGCAGUAAGAUAACAAUGUUCGAAAAUCAGGCAAAAAGCCCGAAAAAAGGUUGCUAACUCUGCAAAAACAAGCGACAUGUCCACCUGGUUUUGGAGCUGUCUACUACGAGAGCACACAGCUCAAUGUCGAGUGCACGCCAGCAGAAGGAUUGAAAAUACGUUGUCCAGGUGAAAAUAAUCAAAAGAUGGAUUUUAUGGUCAAGCAAUAGUUCAGACAGCUCAAACUGCAUCAAAGCGCACAUGGACCUCGCUGGAAGAUCGGUAUGCUGCAAGUUACCCCCGACCACUACAGUGCCCACUUUCAUUUAUUACGUCACUUCCAGACCAAAACUACAAAAUCGGAAAUCAAAAGGUGGCGCUUUGUUUUCAAAUAAGUUUGAAAAAGCGUUUUACAAAGUAGCUCUUCUCUUUUCGAAAUUUGGAUUUUAUUUAGUUUUAUUUAAUGGCUUGCAAAAAGUUUCCUCAGAGCCUUCUCGGAAAAUUUUUGUUUUGUGUUCAAAAAUCUUUGAAUAUUCGGAUAUUAAUUAGUUUUUCCGUGUGCAUUGAAGAUUUCGAAGUUUCUCGAACUUGUAAAUAGAAGUUUGCAGAAAUGUUUCAUAUAAUUUUUAGAUGUUUUCUCAAACAUUUAGAAGCUUUCCCUUGAAUUACAGUUUCUGUUGAAUUGCUCAAAAAAUGCGAGCUAAUUAUUUAAAAGUUUGAAGACCGUUUCUGUUCCCUGGUGCUGCAAAACUACGAUUGUGAACGGCCAGAGUCUUUUUGUCCCUCUGGCUACUUCUGCCAAUUCAACAUCGUUGAGCGGAAACACCUGUGCUGCACAAUGUGAAAAUAUUGCUGACCGAGAAAACAGAAAAAACUGACUUUUUCUCUUUCUUUACAAGUGAAUCUCUCAAUUGUGGACCUUGAAUGGACAUUUUAUUCAUUUAUUUAUUUAUUUGCUUGUUUGAACCCUGAAAGUUCAGGAAAUUGUGAGGAAGUCGACUUUAAGCCAUUCCAUUGACUCUACUGAAAUUUUCCUGCUAUUUCUGAGUUUUAUAGCUGCUUUUUACUCACAAUUAUUUUUUUUUUGUUCUCAAGUUUCGAAUUCUCGUUUUCUGAAGUUUUUCAGAAAGUUUCGUGAUACAUUGUACGAUUUUUUUUUGUUUUUUUGAAGACAGGGUUUCAUUCAUCAACUUUUUCAUCUUGACUUGAAUUUAAAUUUUGCUUUUUGAGUUUUGACAUUCCCAAUAAUCCACUUCCCUAUGAGAAACUUUAGAUUUUUGUUUCAUCGGAAAUUAUUUGCAUGAUUCUCUCUUCAAAUGUAUGUCUUGCUGCUUUUUUGAUCGGAAGUCUUGAUUCUGCUUUGAGAGCUCAACAAGUCUUGCUAUUGUCCUCCUCCAAUUUCACAUCUGCUCCAACUCACCCAUUAGCCAAAAUGGAGGACGACAAAGAGGAUUAGCGGAGCAAGGGAAAAGUUGCGAAUUGGCGGCCGCCGGGGGCACUUGCCGUUGAUCGCCUCCGGCUAGGUAUUCUUGAUUAAAUCCCAGAGAGUCGACUCACACAAGUGGUGGCAAGACAACAGAAACGAUUGUUCGGUGGCCAGAGGGUCUAGAGAUAUUACAAUCCUCCACGGCCUGGUCAUUAUGCUUCACAAACCCAUUCACACAUUUUCUGCGAAGGACCUUUUCCAAUUUUUUUUUUAUUACUAAGACCGAAAUCUUCUCCCGGAUCUUGUUUGUUGUCUUAACAGUGUAAUUGACCGCUCGACUUGAUUUUUUCGCCUUUAUGUUUGUGUAAUACUCCGCGAUCGGCUCUGAUGGUGCUCGCACGUGAAAUCAGACACCUACACCACGAUGUUUGAUAAUUCUCCAUUUUUUGUCUUUUUUUUUACCAAAAAGUACUACAAUUUUUCAGUUUUUUGGUUUCAGAGUUGAGUUAUUUAUCUCAGAAACAAUUUUUCGCUUCUACUUUAUUUCUGCUUUUCUUUUUUCGAUUUACUUUGAUCAAAAUAAAUUCAUUCAUCUAUUUUUUUUGACAGUUGUACUAUUUUUUUUCCCUUUAUGAUUAAAGUUCGAUCGAUCAAAUGAGAUUUUUAGCUUUUGUGAUUAACACAGCACUUCAAACGACAACUCAAAACUGAGAUUUCUUUCAACUACGGCUUUUUUUCUUCAUAUUGGUUUUUCGAAGUUUUGCCGAACCUUGUUCUUUGAAUAAUCGUAAGAUCUCAGGUACAAGUUUGGAGAUUCGAAAGGAGAACAAAAAUUUGGCUGUUACAUGAGAUUAUCGAUUUUUGCUUUUCUUAUACUAGGUCGGUUUUAAAGUUUGUUCAAACCUGUGAUUUUCUCUUAUUUCAUUUGAUUUUAAAAAAUUUGCUCGAAUUUUUUUAAUUAUCAAUUUUUUUUCAAGUCUGUCAGAAAGACGACUUUGAAUCGCAAAUUUCAAUCAAAAAAAUAAUAAAAAAAUUUCAAAUAUUUUGAAAUCUAUUCUCAUUAUUCAGCUGACUUGUUUUAUUUGGUAUGUCCAAACCGGUAUGCUGGACAGUUAUACGAGGAUCUUCUAUAUUAUUACAACAAAAAUGUUCGACCUGUGAAAAACGCCAGCGAAAGCACGAAAGUCAAGUUCGGUUCAUCGUUGAUUCGGCUCAUCGAUGUUGUGAGUGAUUUCCUCUUUUAUGGAAGAUCUACCGUGACUUUUUCUAGGAUGAGGUCAAUCAAGUUUUAACGACGAAUUUGUGGCUGGAAAUGCAAUGGUUCGACUACCGUCUUCUUUGGGAUCCUGCCAAGUAUGGGGCGAUCAGGAAACUUCACAUUCCUGUGGAUCAAAUCUGGAUCCCCGACAUUCUGCUCUACAACAAGCAAGUGGCUUUCCGCUCAAUCAUAUCCUUGCAACUCUAAUGGACCUCUUUUUUUCUUUUCAGCGCAGACGGAGAGCCACACAUAACGAUAAUGAGCGACGCGUUAGUGUAUCACAACGGCCUUGUUGUGAGUGAAAUACUAUCUCCAAAAUAGCCUCAAAAGAUAUUUUGUAGGUGUGGAAGCCGCCGUCCAUUUACAAAAGUUUUUGUUCGAUCAAUAUUGAGUAUUUUCCCUACGAUACGCAGAAGUGUAAGAUGAAGUUUGGAGGGUGGACUUAUCACGGCUACUUGUUAGACAUGCGUCAACUUCCGGUCUUUUUUGUUAUUGAUUGUUCAUAGUCAAAUGUAAAUCUUUCUGGUCAGUUUGGUGAAUAGAUUGGACUUUUUUUGAAGUUCCCGGAAAACUCUCUGAUAUGGUGUUUUCUUGUUUUACAGGGCGUAUCCAACUUCUUCACUCAAAAAAUAGAUAUUUACUUGGAAUUUUACGACUGUUGCAAUUUUGACCCUAGAAAAGUGUGCAGCAUUUUUGUAAUAAAAACUCCUUGUAUAUUUUUGUAAAUGCCUCUUUUGUGUAAGGUCAGAAAAACGCAGAAAAACGUGAAACUUAAUAAAUUAAUAUGGACAUCUUUUGAAUUUUUCAGACAACCGGCAUGACACCUGAAAACAAAAAAGACGAAUACGGUGAAGAUUACCAGUACCUGGAAAAAGGAAUGGAUCUCAGCACUUAUUAUCCGUUGGUCAUUCAAUCUUUUUGUUUUUCACACUGAUUAUUUUACAGAAGCCUUGAAUGGGAUUUGAUGGCAUUGAGCUCAUCACGACAUGAGAAAUUGUAUCCUGGGUGUUGUGGCCAAGAUUUUUACAUCGAUGUCACUUUUCAAAUCGAACUUCGGCGUAAAACGCUUUUUUAUACUAUCAAUUUGGUUAUUCCUUGCAUGAUGUUUGGUUUGGGAAACUUUAUGAGAAUAUAAGAUCAAAUACUUUCAGCUAUUCUGACAUCUUUUGUUUUCUAUGUACCUCCGAUCGAGCACAAAAUGACAUUUUCUAUUUCGAUUCUUGUCACUUUGACAGUGUUUUACCUGGUUUUAAUUGACCUAGUCCCGCCCACUUCACUGGUGAUCCCUUUAAUUGGUGAGUCACUUUUGGCAAUAUUGACAUUGUGAAUGAAAGUUUUAGAAAGAGGAACUGGACAGAAAUGAUUAAGAAAUGAAUUUUCAGGAAAGUACUUGCUUUUCACGAUGUUCCUUGUCUCGAUAUCGAUUAUUCUCUCCGUAGUAUCGCUGAACUUCUACAGGAGGUGAGAAAUUGACACGACUUGACAAACAUUCCGGCGCCAGCGGCUUUUUUGAAAUGAAAAGAAAAGAGCCGUUGAGUCCGAGAGCAGCCAAAACGCUUUGUAAUAGAGGAAAUGAGGAAUCUAGGGAUGGCACCUCCUUCCCGAUGCCCCAUUGGAUGCGCUACUUGUUCAUCUACACAUUGCCGCGAUAUAUCUGCAUCAAACCGGUUGAUGACGAUGACGUCAGCGAAAGAGGAAGCAGUAUUUCAGGUAGAUUUCUCAAAAAAUUAUGGCGGUUCUUAGCAAGGGGCUCAAAAUGUUGACAAGGGAAAACGAAAAUUUUUUGAUUUUUUAAAAAAGAGAAGAAGUACUUUGUAGGGAACUAGAUUAAAUCGAAAAAUUCUAUUCUAUGAAAUUUUCAAAAUUUUCCAUAUCAAAAAGGAUACUCAACUACUUUUCUCGUCUUUGCUGGUCGUGAUUUCUCACAAUCUAAAAUAAUAAUAACGUUCAGACAUUGGAGCAUUUAUGGAUUCAAGAAGACCUUCUCCUUUUUUUAUAACUGUUCCCACUGCCUCACCUACGGUAAGUGAGAACUUUUUCAAAAAUUUAGAUUUUUUGAGGGUCGUUUGACUCAAAUCAGCCAACAUGGGUUACACCCAGAUCUGAUCCGAGCGAUGAUUGAUAACGUUGUGUUCAUCGCGGAGCAUUUUCGAGCUCUUAAAAAAGAAGAUAAGGCAGGUUUAUUUGAGAUCACAUAUCAAAAUAGGGUUUUCUCUAGGUCUCAACCUUGACAGCGUUCUUCAGACUAAAUUAAUUGAUGUGUACAUUGAGAGGUUCAGAUCUCUGAGGAUUGGUCAUAUGUUGCGAAUGUGAUUGAUCGGAUAUUUCUGAUCAUCUUCACCGUGGCCAACCUCGCGGGGACGUGGAUGAUUGUCUACAGCUCACCAGUUCUCUUUGACAACCGCGCUCCUAUGUCAAUUGUCAGUUCUUUUUCUGAGAAUUUACUUUUUUUAACAUUACCCUCAAGGAGAUUAUCUAUUUUUGAUUCAAAUCUGAUAGUUUUUUUAUGCUCAUUCCAAGAAAAAUAUCAUUUCAAACUUUUCAAUCAUUGAAUGAGAUUAAAGGGAGAAGUGGCUCGACCUCUUUCUGGGGAUACUUUCGAACACUACAUCAACGAGAACUUCACCCAACUUUCUUGGUGGAAUAGCGAGACGCUAUACUGA